AGUUAUAAAUCCGAACCCUACCGACUUCACUCGUCCGUCAUCCCCCUCUCUCCUCUGUUUCUCUGCAUCGGAGACGCAGCUGUCGCCAACUUUCCUCGUGCUCCAUCACAACAGUGCUGUUCUUCGUGCCUCUUCACCGCUCUUCUCUGUCUCAGGUUGUUGCCUUUUAUUAUUGCUCCGUCCGUUCCGUUUCUUAGCUUCUCUCUACGGUCGUCCGAGAUCCGCAAGAACACCCACGUCACCGACCCCAAGGAUCUUGUCCAAACCGGAGCCAUGGCUUCAUCUCAUCUUGCUGCAACAACUGAGUCACUUGCUCUUGCAAUGGAGGCCAAAAACCCAUCUGAAGCAAUCUCCAUUCUUUACCGUGUACUCGAGGAUCCUUCUUCUUCAUCCGAAGCUUUGCGUAUGAAAGAGCAGGCCAUCACAAACCUUACUGACCUUCUAAGACAAGAGAAUAGGGGGGAGGAUCUGCGCAGCCUUCUCACACAACUGAGGCCCUUUUUCUCCUUGAUCCCUAAGGCAAAAACUGCAAAGAUUGUCAGGGGAAUAAUUGACGCAGUUGCUAAAAUUCCAGGGACAUCUGCUCUUCAAAUUGCACUCUGCAAAGAAAUGGUGCAAUGGACUCGUGCUGAGAAGCGUACGUUCUUGAGGCAGAGAGUUGAGGCAAGGCUUGCAGCACUUCUGAUGGAAAAUAAGGAGUUUUCAGAAGCUUUGACUUUACUCUCCAGCUUGGUCAAAGAGGUUAGAAGAUUAGAUGACAAGCUUCUACUUGUAGACAUAGACUUGCUGGAAAGCAAGCUACACUUCUCAUUAAGGAACCUUCCAAAGGCAAAAGCUGCACUCACAGCAGCAAGAACAGCUGCAAAUGCUAUUUAUGUGCCGCCGGCACAGCAAGGUGCCAUAGAUCUGCAGAGUGGAAUACUGCAUGCUGAGGAGAAGGAUUAUAAAACUGCAUAUAGUUAUUUCUUUGAAGCCUUUGAAUCCUUCAAUGCACUUGAAGAUCCAAAGGCUGUUUUCAGCCUGAAAUACAUGUUGUUAUGUAAGAUCAUGGUGAAUCAAGCUGAUGACGUUGGUGGAAUCAUAUCCUCUAAAGCAGGUUUGCAAUAUGUCGGCCCUGACUUGGAUGCAAUGAAAGCUGUUGCAGAUGCUCAUUCUAAGCGCUCCCUGAAGUUAUUCGAGAUUACUCUGCGAGACUACAAGGUGCAGUUGGAGGAAGACCCAAUCGUGCAUAGGCACUUGCAAUCCCUGUAUGAUACCCUUCUCGAGCAGAAUCUUUGCAGGUUGAUUGAGCCAUUCUCAAGAGUUGAGAUUGCACACAUUGCGGAGCUCAUUGAACUACCUAUUGAUCACGUGGAGCGGAAGUUAUCCCAGAUGAUCUUGGACAAGAAGUUCGCUGGGACAUUAGAUCAAGGUGCCGGAUGCCUCAUCAUAUUUGAUGACCCCAAGACAGAUGCCAUAUAUCCUGCAACUUUGGAAACCAUUUCCAAUAUUGGGAAAGUUGUGGAUAGUCUUUAUGUUAGAUCGGCCAAGAUCAUGACAUGAGCUUUCCUGUUUUUCAACACAAUACUUGUUGCUAUUAACUUACUGAUGUCUAGCUUAUGAAUUGUUUUGCAUUUUGAAUUUGUCCAACCCAAAAUUGUGGUAAGCCUUGCUUCACAAGUUAUAAUUGUGUCGUAGCUGGACAGCUUGAUUUGCAGGGUUGUAAUAGGUGAAAUGUGACUAAAUUGAAGCAAUGAUGUGCAUUGAUUUGGCAAUUAGGUUUGCGUUUUUCUUUUCCCCUCUUUUGUGGCAAUAUUUUAGACCCAAGAUUAUUAUUC